GUAUGUUUGGUCCUCCGCGCGCGCCGUAGAAGCGUGUUGCCGGUUGGAGGGCUUCGCGAAAAAGUUAGCAAAGUGCAUCUGAACGUCAGUGGAAUGUAAAGUAUGGGACAUCAUUUGUGAUGACUGAAACUUUGAAGACCAGGUUUGAGUUCCCAAGCUCCCUGAUUCAAGCCCAGGCUGUGAGGACGCUGGUCACUGCAGUGCUGAAAGAGAAAGGCCAAAAUGAAAGGAUUUGUCAGACCACAGCUAAAGGUCAAGCGCUGGAGUCUCUGUGGGAGCAGUGCAGCAGUGACAGUACUGUCGUCCGCUCGGCCUGCUGUGAUGCUCUGGUGCUACUCGUAGAACAGGGACAUGCAGAUCUGCCGUAUGUGCUCAACACCACCCUUAACCUCCUGCCCUCGGCACGGAAUGUUCAAGGGCUGAUCAAAGUGGUCGGGAGGCUGCUACAGAUCCAGGCAAGUCAGCGGGAUAACGGAGCAAGCUUCACCUGUCCAUAUUCAAUUAGGACCUUCCCUCACCCCUACAUCACAGUUCUGGAAAACCGUCCCGACUGCUGGCCCGCUCUGCUCCAGGAAAUUGAUGACUUCCUUCAGCUGGCUACAGACAAAGAUGAGCCAGUAUAUGUGGAAAUGUUGGUACCGUUCCUUCGUUAUCUGUACUGCGAGCCCCAGAGGUUGUCAGAAAAUGCCCUGCUCAGACACAGCCUCCUCAGGGUCCUUCUCCAGCCACGAGGGGCUCCUGAGCCUGACAGCCAGCUGGAAAAGGGGCUGUCUGGCACUAGGGUGGUCUGUGAGCUAAUACGCAGCCUCUUUGACCUGCUCCCAUACAUGCUGGUGGACAGUGUAACAGCAGUGGUUGAGUUCAGCUCAUUUGCUGAAUCUCUGACGUCGGCUCUGCUCACCGAUCCAGGCUUCUGGAGAAAGGAACUGACCGAGCUGACUCUUCAGCUUCUGUGUGCCUGUCAGCUCAGUGUUCAUCUAGGAGGAGAACUGAUGUCUCUCCUGCACACACUCCACCAGAUAAUACCUGGACAUGCAGAGGAACUCCCGCCUGAACAAGCGAUCAUGGGAAUCUCCCUGCUACUGCUAAGUGCCUCCACCUCUCAACAAAUUGCCCUCCUAGAGCUCGUUGUAAAGAUUGUCCCUCCUGAGGUUCCUCCUCCCUGGGGAGCGUCUUUGCUGGUGAUGCCCUUGUUACAGGUGCUGUCCUGCUCCAGCCUCAUGGAAGCUCUGACAGACUCGCAAACACACACAAAGAACCUUAAACUGACCAAUUCACUGUUGCAAACGGUUCAAAGAGAGCCCUCAGAACGAAAAGAGGGCUCCACACAGCUGAGUUUGCCUCUUAGCACUUGGUACAGCGAGCUUCAAGUGGCCACCAACGUCUUGCACCGAAUUUCCAUAGACUCCAUGUCUGCCGUAGAAUGGCUUUACUCCCUGCAGUCAUCACUCUCUGUCUGUGAACACGUCCCAGAUACUGUUUGUCUCCUGGUGUCCCAUGUUAUCGUCAGCAGUCAUGGGGAUCUCUGCAGGAUAGCGCUGGACACUGCCGCUGCUGUCGCCGAGGCCGAUCCUGCUAAGGUGCCAUGUCUACUUCCUGUCCUGAUGUUUAAACUGAGCAGAGUGUCUGAUCCAGCUUUGUCUCACUCUGUUCUCUACACUCUGCCAAAACUGGGAACCCACAAGUUCUGCAUCCCGCAGGUGCUUCAUGUGCUCCAAACUCUGGGCAGUUCAUCCAGACUGAGGCCUGUGGCUCUGCGCCUCUUAACUCUGUUAUGGCAAAAACAGGACCGUGUGUAUCCGGACCUGCAGAGACUGAUGUCACAACUUGAAAAAUCCUCAGUGGUCAUGGGAAAAGAUACACAGUGGGAGCAGAUAUUAGCCAGAGCAGCCUGCGUCAGAGACAUCUGCAGAGAGAGGCCGUACCAGCAUGGAGGAGACAUGCUGGCCGCCAUCACCGACACGCUGAUGCAGUUCUCCAGGAAGGAUCAGGCCACUCCUGCUGCUCUGGCACUGCAGGGCUUACAGGAGCUCUGUAGAGCUGAGGUAGUGGAUAUUGUCUCCACGUGGAAGGCACUCUCUCCUAAGCUGCGCUGUGACACCAGACCCCUGGUCCUAAAGGCCACAGCUGAACUUCUGGCAUUAGUGCCUGCUUUAAAUGUCAAAACUGAAGAAUAUGAGAAAUUCAGAAACGAGGCAGUCAGUGUUUUAUGGGGAUACGCUCUUAGUCAGGACCCAGAUGUUGCAAGCCAGGGUUAUAAAGCUCUCUCCGAGUACCCUGAACCAUCUCACACCGUCCUACACUUACCAGAGCAGGCCAGACCCAUACCAAAGCAGCCUGAAGAAGAGGAUGAAGGGAAGGAAAAUGAGAAUGAGAAAGAUGAAGAUAUUUCAGUACCAGGGCCGUCAUAUGUGAAGCUAGUUUGUCUCACACCACAAUCUGUUUUACCAGCCCUUGAGACCUUCGUAACAGCUCUAAUCAGGCAGGAGAUGAACCAAAUGCCCCGUGGUGUGUACCAUUCAGCUCUGAGUGGAGGGAAUUUGCGCUCUGACCAGGGAAAAACUGUAUCUGGAAUUCCUUCUUUUAUGCUGAAAUCAUAUGAGAAGAACAAGCAGCCGGGUCUAAAACCUGGCUUAGCAGCUGGGCUUCUACUCUGUUAUGACCUUCCUGUUCAAACUGACAAAGAUGGACGUCCAAUCGCCCGCUUCCUUGUCAGCAGAGGGCGGAGUUAUCAACAAAUGUUAGCCACCCUUAUUCAUGAGGUGAACAUCCAGCCGUCUGAAUGGCAUCGCUCUCUGCUCUUGCCCCAGGCCUGGCGGGGCUUCAUGAGCCGGGCUUACCAUGCAGCUCUCCAGGGUCGAAAGGCAGAGCUGGAGAUGCUGCAGAAACAGGGUAAAGAGAGCCCGGAGGAACUGCAGUACAAACAGCACUAUGCCUGGCUCUGGGUCAGAGACCAACUGACUGAUGUGGUCAAAUCUGUUGCCAAAGAUAGUCCGGUUGUUCAAGGUAAUUCUAUCUUGGCAUUGAGUGGCCUGGCUGUCGUCUUAACCAGAUAUGAGAGCAACCUUCCUACACAGUCUGAAAGUGGACUUGGGGUGGGUCCGGACAUCCUUCCCACAGUUCACUGGCUGUCGAUGGUGAUUGACACGCUGCUCAGCAUUGUUAGCAGUAACCGUAACCCUAAAGGACAAGUCUUCCCAUGGUUCAUUCAUCGCUCAUACUCGGGUGAAAACACAGCGAGUGUGAUUGCGCGCUCCUGUGCUGCUCUGGGUCUGGCGUUGCUGGUGCCGGUGCUGGUGACCUCGCGCAGAGAGAACGUUCCCGCUAUCCUGGGCACACUAGCGGUGGGACUGCCAGGAUCACCCACCGCAGACGAAUCCCAGGCACUGCAGUUUCACAGCGGCUUGGCUCUGGGCAUGUUUCUAGCAUGGCUGAAUGACGAGAGAGUCAGUGAUAUAUCUGGGCAGUCAGUGGCAGAGCUGCUGAUGAAACAUCUGGAACGACUGGAAGAUUGUUGCUUUAAUCCCAAUCUGGAGUAUAAUGCUGGUUGUGUGUUAGGUGUUGGGUUGGUACUCAGUUCUCUCAGUAGCAGUAGUCAGUCUGAGCAGGACCGUGUGCAUGUGUCUCUCACGCUGGACAAAUUCCUGCAGACCCUGCAGGACAGCAGCAAUAUGAGCCGCAUGCUGCAGGAGGUUUUGGCCUAUUCUGUGGCAUGUGUUGGAGUUUCAGCAUUUAACGCAGGCAUUAUUGAGGCCAGCAAGGCCGAGGAAAGCAUGAACACACUUCGCACUCUAACGGAGGAAAGCCAACAGACACCGGGCUUUGCUUUGGCAUUGGGACUGACAGUGUUUGGGCUCUCUUCUUUUGGUCAUGGUAAAGCGGUGGGCAUCCAACCUCGUCUGCUGGCUGCCUGGACCAAGAUACUGCUGGCAGAGGGUUGUCCCACAAUGCAGAGGCUGUCUGCCCUCAACGGACUGAUUGCAUUAGUGGGAUCGGAGACGGCUCUCAUUCAGAUGAAGAAUGAAUCAGAGGAGUCCUCACAGCAGCAGGGCAGACUGAACGAGGUCAUCCGAGCCAUUACACAGAUCAUCACCUUCUCGGGAACAAUCGGUCUGCAGUCUAACGGAGCAUGUCUGCUUGGACACCUGCAUCUGGCCCACAUGUCCAGCAGCCACAGCCGAACCGCAGUUCCUCAGGACUUUGGUUAUCUCCCAGAGAAAAGCGUCAUCCGAGCUUCAGUAGACUUAAUCACUGAAGCAGGAAGGAAAGGACCGGAGUUCACUCCUCCACACCUAGUGAAGACGGUGCUGGCCGCUUUAGGGACGGUCGGUGGAAGCUUCCAGUAUCCUCCAGUCAACUGGAGCGCCGUCCUCUCUCCGCUGAUGAGACUCGGCUUUGGUGAGGAGGUGCAGCAUCACUGUUUAGCGUUAGCUGCUAGUCAGGCCCAGUCUUCCCAGAGUGCCUCACUUUUCCUCGGCAUCUGGCUUGUGCCUCCCCUGGUUCACAGCCUGAGUCUGCGCACUAGGGCUUCUCUCUACGAGUGCCUGAGUUCCUGGAUGAAGCACGUGGCUGAAGACAAACUGCAGGUGUAUGUGGACAGUCUGGCAGUCCAGCAGUUUGUACCGGACACACGUCCUCAGCGCCUGCCCCUGUGUCUGUCCAUCUUGCAAGGCCUGGCCAAAGCCAUGGUGGUCCCCAACCCGCCACAAAACUGCUGGACCGCCUUGUGCUCUACCACUGAAAAGAUCUAUAACCACUUACCUGAUAAUAUACCGGCUGGUGAGGUGGACCUGUAUGAAGCCACGUGUUCAUGUCUGUCUGAACUGAGCGACACUGAGAUAGACCGCAUAGUCAAAGUCACUGAGGCUAAUGUUGAAAAAACAGCGUUCAUCCUAUCCUACCUGACCUCUAAAGGCAGAGUCCCUCUGCUCGGUCUCAAUGAUAUCAUCAGUACCAUCCUCCAAGUGGGGAUUAAGAAACGAAUCAGCUGGCUUCUCCUGCAGGCCCUCCACCAAUCACGGUUCACUGCUAGUCCUAAUACAGGGGUCACUAAACGAAUGGAGUGGCUUUUGGAGUUAAUGGGCCACAUCAGAAAUGUAGCGUACGGAUCUCCUUCUGUUAAAUGUAUCAACGUUAUAGAGUGCACAGACUUCCUCCUCAGUGUGUUUGCUGCAGCAGUGGUGUCUUGGGCUGACCAUUGUGCCCCGCUUCUCGUUGGCAUCAGGGCCCAGUGGUUUCCCUGGCAACAGUCCUCUCGGACAACAGAACUGUCCCAUGACCUCUAUGUCAACCCUGAUGCCACUGAGCUGUCGCUCGCCUCAUGCCUACUUGGAAUCCCAUACAGCAUAAAGCAACUACUCGCCAAAGAGCCAUGGAAGUCCCAGUCACAGAAGUUCAUCGACUGGCUCUUCAGUGUUACAGAAGGUCCUAAACUAGGUUUCUCUGAGACUGCCUUACUUACAGCCAAAGCGACACUAAUGGCUCUGAGAUCCAGCUCUGAGUUCAAGAAGAAGGGUGUGUGGACCAGGGCGUAUGGCUGGUGAUCCCACUGAAAGCUAUGACACACCAAGGACACCAUUUGUUUACAUGCAUAUUCAGAGUAGCAUCUACAUAACAAGGCACAUGCUUUCUAGGUCACAAACUCUAGUGAUAAACCUGUUGUUACAAACCAGAUUGAACACUUGACAUGUUUAACAGUGCAAACAAAAAAAGUGCAUAAAAAAAUGGCUUCAGAAUGCAUCGUUAUUUUCCACUUUCAUACAUUGCAUGUAAAAUGUAUUGACCAUUUUCCUGUGACCAAUUAAGUAUGUAAAAUAAAUACAUCUGUGCCACA